AGUUAACAUUCUAUCCCGUGCAGCGCGCGUUGCGGCGCCUGCGCGCUCUUUUCACUCCGUCUCAAUCGUUUGAGCGAGCUGAAGGGAGACAGAGCAGCUCUCUGUUCGCUGUUACUGAGAUGGAUGGAGAAGAGAGGAGAAGAUCAGAUGCUCAGAGGAGAAGAUCAGAUGCUCAGAGGAGCAUCAUGACAGAUAGCAACAUUACAGGAGACUUGCGCAUCCCUGAGCGCGUGACACUCAAGAAAGAGAUCGGACUGCUGAGCGCGUGCACAAUCAUCAUCGGGAACAUUAUUGGCUCAGGAAUCUUCAUCUCUCCUAAGGGGGUUCUGGAGCAUUCGGGUUCGGUUGGAUUGGCAUUGGUGGUGUGGAUGUUAGGUGGGGGUAUAGCGGCUCUGGGUUCCCUCUGCUACGCUGAACUAGGGGUCACCAUCCCUAAAUCUGGUGGAGACUAUUCCUAUGUCACAGAGAUCUUUGGUGGUCUUGUGGGGUUUCUGCUGUUAUGGAGUGCAGUACUGAUCAUGUAUCCCACCACCCUGGCAGUCAUAGCGCUCACUUUCUCCAACUACGUGCUGCAGCCUGUUUUCCCACACUGUGUUCCUCCAUACAUGGCUACACGCAUGCUCUCCGCCAUCUGCAUAUUGUUUUUGACCUGGGUGAACUGCUACAGCGUGCGUUUGGCCACUCGCAUCCAGGAUGUGUUUACUGUUGGAAAGCUUCUGGCUCUCGGUCUCAUCAUUACUGUUGGUCUGAUGCAGAUCUAUGGAGGCAAUUAUGAGAGCCUGACUCCACAGGUAGCGUUCAGGUUUGAUAAACCUCCGUCUAUAGGACAGAUCGCUCUGGCCUUUCUACACGCCUCCUUUGCCUUCAGUGGCUGGAACUUCCUAAACUAUGUUACAGAGGAACUGGUGGAUCCAAGAAGGAAUCUGCCACGAGCCAUAUACAUCUCUAUCCCUCUGGUGACCAUUGUGUACACUCUCACAAAUAUUGCAUACUUCUCGUCUAUGUCUCCCGAUGAGCUCCUCUCCUCCAAUGCAGUGGCUGUUACUUUCGGUGAGAAACUUCUUGGGAUGUUUUCCACUCUCAUGCCCAUCUCUGUGGCACUCUCAACUUUUGGGGGCAUCAAUGGUUACCUCUUCACCUCCUCCAGGUUAUGUUUUUCUGGAGCGAGGGAAGGACAUUUACCCAGUCUUCUGGCUAUGAUCCACUUUAAGCACUGCACACCGAUCCCUGCUCUUCUAGUCUGUUGCACUGCCACAAUCGUGAUCUUGUGCAUUGGAGAAACGCACAACCUUAUAAACUAUGUGUCUUUCAUCAACUACCUCUCUUAUGGAGUCACUAUUGCUGCCCUGCUCUAUUACAGAUGGAAGAAGCCAAACCUAUACAGGCCUAUCAAGGUGAAUGUGCUAGUUCCACUCUGUUACCUGCUCUUCUGGGCUCUGUUGCUGGGCUUCAGUCUACACUCGGAGCCGCUGGUGUGUGGAGUCGGGCUUGUCAUUAUGCUUACUGGAAUCCCUGUCUAUUUCCUGGGGGUUUACUGGAAAGAUAAACCAAAAUGCAUAUAUGACUUCAUAGAAUGGGCUACUUACCUGGGUCAAAGAGUAUUUUUCGUUGUUUUUCCACAAUUCGAUCCCAUUGAAGUCACACCAGAAUGGACUGACAAAACUUCCGCCACAAGCAAGGCUUCAGGACCUUUUUGAACUGUGUUAUUUUAAUUUGCCUGUAUUUUCACUUAAAAUGGCAUUGUAGCUGUAUAGUAAAAAAUGAAUUCAAAAGAAAACAGACUCAGUUAUUUCCGUAUGAAUCCUGUUUGCACAAGUGACAAUUUCUUGAUGUUUAUGUAGGCCUAGUGUAGUUUCAGUUAUUGUGGAUUUUAUCUUUAUGUGGCUUAAUUUUUAUAGGUUUCUUUUAGGACCAGAACAUGGGUCCUGUGCAAUUUUUGAUGUGUGUGUGUUGAUACCUGUACAAUAUCUCCUUUGUAUAAUACUAUGAGGUCUUGUCAACAACUUAACAAUUUUAGUACUAUACCUCACAAAUGUACAUACUUGUGUAAUGUUUUAACAAUCUUUUCACUAUUCACAAUUUUAGUCUGUAGCGUAAUGUUACAUAGAGGAAUUAUACUGCUGUCAUACUUCCAUAAAUUCUUGUUUAAUAUUCUUACAGAUUAAGAAGUUCCUAAAUGCA